GUCAAGUGGAAAAGAGGUGCUUCUGCGUUUGUAAACAGGGAUCAUAUUGAACAAAAAUGGCAGUUCCAUUUUCAAACACAAAACUUAGAGUGCCAAAAGGUUUCCAAAACAUUCUCGAAGGUCUCGCACGGGAAGUAUUGAGAAAUCAACCAGAGAACAUUUUUGAGUUUGGUGCCAAAUAUUUUGACCAGUUGCUGAGAGUAAGAGAUGAGACUGGUCAUGAUCCUGCUGUCCAUGGAGCCCGUAUGGAGGAUCGAUUUUACAACAACGAUGCUUUCAGGUCGCCAGGUGUAGACAGUGGGGAUUCUCAGCAACAAGAUGCUGCCCUCAAGAUCCAGACAGAAUAUCGACGACACUCUGCCAAAAAAGAAGUGGAGGGUAUGCGAGAGGAGGAUGCCGCCACAACAAUCCAAGCUGGGGUCAGAGGUCAACAGGACAGACAGAAGGUUGACGAAAUGAAAGAAACUGAGGCAAGACUUAAGUCAGAUGAUGUUGACAUCAACCUGGAGGACCCAGAAGUUGCAGCUGCUGCUGUCAAAAUUCAGGCAGGAUUCAAGGGUUACAAGGCAAGGAAAGAGGUUAAGGAAUCUAAGAGUAAGAGUGAAGAAACAACAGAAGAAGGAAAUCAGGGGGAGACAACUGUGACACAACAAGAAUCUGAAGAGGCUAAAGACGAUCACGCUGAUUUAGAACGUGACCCAAAUGCUAAUGAUGCGGCUACUAAAAUACAGGCUGGAUUCAGAGGUCAUAAGGUCAGACAGGAAGUCAAGGCCAGAAAGGAAGCACAAGAGACCACUGAGGAGAAAAAAGAAGAAAUUGAUAUUAACCUUGAGGAUCCUGAUGUGGAAAAAGCAGCAACUAAGAUUCAGGCAGGAUUCCGCGGUCACAAAGCAAGAAAAGAAAUGAAGGAAACGAGAGAGACAUCUGGUGGAGAAGAUGCUGGAGUAUCUGAUACAGGGGAGGUAACUGGGGAAAAAUCUGAUGAAACUAAAAUUGAUGAAAUUCCUGAACAAAAAACUGAUGAAGUUGAACAGGAAACUUCAGAUUCUAAAGAAGAAUCAGGUGAAGUUUCUGAACAGAAAACUGAUGAAGUUUCUGAACAGAAAACUGAUGAAGUUUCUGAACAAAAAACUGAUGAAAUUUCAGAACAGAAAACUGAUGAAGUUUCUGAACAGAAAACUGAUGAAGUUUCAGAAGAAGAAUCAGCCUCUAAUAAAAAAACAGAGGCUGAGCCAGAGGAAAAUGCUGAACAUCAGUUAGAACAAACAUCACAAGAAAUUGCUCAGGAAACUGUAAAUCAAGUUCAGUCGGAAGAAAAAUUAGAGGAAACUGUAUCAGAUACUCCGGCUGAAAAAACAACAGAUGAAAAAUCAGAGGAAAAAGUUGAGGAAAGUCCUUCGACACAGACUGAAGAGCAAAAUCAACAGCCUAGCCAAGACGCGCCAACAUCCGAGACGGAGAAAACAGACCCAGAAAAAGUAGACAUUGAUUUAGAUGACCCUGAGGUCGUUAAAGCUGCUACAAAAAUUCAAGCAGGAUUUAAGGGGUAUAAAACCCGUAAAGACGUAAAGGGACAACAGUCGGCCUUUGAAACCGACGGUGGAUUUAUCAACAUACAUGACGAUAAACAUGUAAAGGACAACAACGAAAUAGACAUUGAUUUGGCAGAUCCUGAUGUGGAAAAAGCUGCCACUAAAAUUCAGGCCGGAUAUAAAGGAUUGAAAACAAGGAGGGAACUCAAAUCAGUCAAGGACCCUGAACCCUCACUGGCAUCCCUACAGUCCUCGAUGGAGAAUGAUCCACAUGAAGUAAUUGACAUUGAUCUCACUGACCCGGAUGUAGAAAAAGCGGCGGUAAAAAUCCAAUCAAGUUUCAAAAGUCUGAGGUCUCGAAAAUCAAAGACGACUGUUGCUGAUAGUACGAAAUCAUCACCACCUAUUAAUAUAAAUAACACAAAACUGGGCACUCUACCUUUCGUCAAAGUUCCAGUCACGGAAGAAAUUGACAUUGAUUUGAAUGAUCCUGAAGUUGCGAAAGCAGCGCUUAAGAUUCAAUCAACAUUCAAAGGUUUAAAGUCACGGAAGCUUAACACAAAGAAGUCAGAAUGUCCCCCUCCAAUCAAUAGCGUCAAACUACCAUCGCCUGUUACCGCUCCAGUAGAAGAUGAAAUUGACAUUGAUCUAAAUGAUCCAGAAGUCGCAAAAGCGGCCAUAAAGAUACAAUCAACAUUCAAAGGUCUGAAGUCCCGGAAGAUAAAGACUAAACAGUCAACACGUUUGCCUCCUAAUAAUAUGGAACCAUCUCCUCCACCUCCAGUCUCUGUCCCCGAGGAAGAAAUAGACAUAGAUUUAGACGAUCCAGAAGUUGAAAAGGCAGCCCUUAAGAUACAAUCUACCUUUAAAGGUUUAAAGUCAAGGAAGUUCGGAGUCAAGAAGUCAACACUCAGAAACAUCGAAACCGUAUCUCCACCCGUCCCUCCGCCUCCCGUAAUACCACCCGAGCAGGAAGAAAUUGACAUCGAUCUUAACGACCCAGAAGUUGAAAAAGCUGCUAUGAAAAUUCAAGCUACUUUUAAAGGUCUUAAGUCUCGGAAGUUCGGAUCAAAAAAGUCAUCAGCGUCACUUACUGAUACUAAUCCAACGCCUCCUCCAUCUUCUGUCAAUGUUCCGCCAGAAGAGGAAAUUGACAUUGACUUAAAUGACCCAGAAGUAGAAAAGGCAGCCGUAAAAAUCCAAGCAACAUUUAAAGGGUUAAAGUCUCGGAAAUUUGGGAAAUCGAAGACAUCGGUAGAACAGCCAUUGAAUAUGAAUAUCACGGAAACCAAAACAAGGGAAGUGGAAAUCGUAGAUAUUGACUUGGCAGAUCCAGAUGUUGAGAAGGCAGCCGUUAAGAUUCAGGCUAGCUUUAAGGGCCUCCGGGCAAGAAAAACAAAAGUUCAAAAGGAAUCUGAAUCUUCUCCAAGUGGGGAAACACAGGAAAACAAAGAAGAAGAUAAAGAAGAUGUAGAUAUUGAUUUAAAUGAUCCGGAGACAGCACAAGCCGCACUGAAAAUCCAGGCUGGAUUCAGAGGCUACAAAACUAGAAAGGAAGUUAAAGAAAGCCUUCAAGGGGAAGAUGGUAAACCCUCAGAGGAGACACCACAGACAGAUGAAGGGAAGCCAUCCGAGGGAACAACAGAGGAAGCAAAACAAGAAGAGGCAAAAACAGAGGAAACGAAAGAAGACCAAGUUGACAUUGACCUUAACGAUCCUGAUGUAGCUAAAGCUGCAACUAAAAUUCAAGCUGGGUUCAAAGGUUAUAAGGUCAGGAAAGACAUGAAGAAUGAGAAGGCGGGAGAUGAAACAACGACAGAUGAAACGCCACAAGAGGAACAAUCAGCUCCCCAGGAGGAGGCCCCAGCACCUACUGAAGAAACAUCUGCGCCAAAGGAGGAGGGAAAUGAACAAGCCCCUGCGCCAACGGAAGAUGUCCCAGCACCUACGGAAGAGGCCCCAGCACCUACAGAAGAUGCCCCAGCACCUACGGAAGAGGCCCCAGCACCUACAGAAGAGGCACCUAAACAAGGGCCAACUCAGAGUAUAUUGGAUCUACCUGUGGAGGAUAGUCAGAGGAUUUUAGAAGCCUUAUCUGCGUUCAAGACGUUUAAGAAACCAGAAAAAUUACCAGACAAACUGAAAUUGUCAAGAAACCACGCAAAGAAACUAAUGAAGUGGUACCAGACAGCGAAAGAAAACAUAGAAGAGGGAACGUUUACUGGAAUGCGACAAGCGGCAUUUCAAACGCAAAAAACGUUUUCUGGUUUUGGAAAAAAAGUUGGCUUUCUUGACGACGUUGAUGAUAGUUCAGACGAUGAUGAUUUAGACGAUUUUGACGACGUAAAUUUCAUGAAAAAUUUCAUGGGAGGUGAAGGUGAAAAUGAAGGCUUGGAUUUCUUUGACGAGAGUAAAAUGGAUAACUUUUUCGGAAAAAUGUUCCUUGGUUUGGGUAAUUCAAUGACCGAGGAUGGAAACAUCAGCAAAUCUGGAGUAAGCGAGUCGCUUGGAGGUAUGAUGACGGGUAUGACACAACAAGCCUCCACUAUGGCCCAGCCAAUGAUGAGAUUAUUUGACAAGGCCCUGUAUUACAAGCCUGUAAUAGCUGCUAUUGAGAAACUCGAACCGUGGAUUGAACAGAGCAGGAACAUCUUAGAUGAAACACAGAUCCAAAAUCUUCAGAAACAAUUGGAUUUAUACAUUGAAAUCAAGGAAUUAUUUGACCAAGAAACGGAGGAUGAUGAACCACACGAAAAAGAGGCUCGAGGGGCAAAGGUUGUAGAGCUGUCGCAGGAGAUCGAAAAGAUUGGCCCUCUGCCAAAAAAUAUCCAGGAUGCAAUGAAUCAAGCAUCCGGACAAAUGGAUAUGGACAACCUCCCUAAGAUGAUGAACGAUAUGACAGGUAUUCUGACAGAGGGAUUGUCCAACAUGUUCUCUGGUGGACCCAAGGCUAACGAAACGGAUGAAUGUACAAUCUUAUAA